AAAGGUUGGUGCAGGGUCGAAGAGACCAUCAACCAGGUCGCCUGACCAUGAAAGGGUCCCUGAGUCUCCAUCCUCUCUAGCCUGCCUAGGGCUGGACCAGUUUGGCACUGCUAGAUAUUAGCUAGCUAGCAUCGGUUCAUAAGGGGGUGUGAAGGCCAGAGGGAGCCCAGGCCAGCAAGGAGACCUCAGAUACCAAGAAGAACGGAAGGUGAAGAGGCUCAUCAAGAUCGCUGAUGGAAGACGGCAGGGCUUUGAGGAGGAUGUCUAUCCCUACCCGCAGAAGCAGAUCUGCCGAUUUCCACAAUUUUUCAGAAAGGAGGAGACGGGAUAAGAUCAACGAGAAGCUCAAGGCACUGCAAGAGCUACUUCCAAACUGCACCAAGACGGACAAGGUGUCGAUGCUAGACGAAGUGAUCGACUACCUGAAAUCGCUCCAGCUGCAACUCCAGAUGCUAGUGAUGGGGAAAGGGAUGGCGCAUGUGGUGCCUCCGGAGCUGCAGCAGUACAUGCACUACAUCACCACGGAUCCCGCUGCCCAGUUGAUGCAGAUGCCUCCCUCGGAGCCGCCGCAGCCGUUCCAGAUCACGCACGCCAACCCACCGCAGCGGGAGUCUGAUUUCCUCAGCCAGAUGCAGAACCACCUGCACCCCUCCGACCAGCCUCAGAUCAACUUCCUCAGGCCGCAUGUUCAUCCAUGUAUGUGGUGA